AUCAGGGGGUUGGUGGGAAAGAGAGCUUCAAACCAAAUUCCACCACUUUAAAAUCCAUCAUCUAAAUCUAAAUCCAAUAAAAAAUAUUUCAAAGUCAAAUUUCAAGCUGCGUAAUUUUGUCACCAAAAAGGCAAGUUCAUAGAAAGGGCCGAAAUUGUUAGCGAAAAGAAUACAGGUCUCUUUGUUGUCAACAAAAUCUUGACUUGUUGGAUUUAAAAGGAAUGGAGGCCAAAGUUAUCCAGAGUUUACACUUGAAAACAUGGGUGGGUUCCGAUUACACGGUUCCUACACUAACCAGUUCAAUGAGGUUAUGUACAAGGUUUGAGAAAAAGAAAAAGGUUAAUAUGCUCCAUACCAAUCAUUUGGAAACUAUAAAAGCGACAAUUGUGCGUAGACAAGCUCAGUUAAAGGUGUCAUGUACUUCUCAGAACAUUCCAGCUUCAGUACUCGAAUCUGGGAUUAUUAUUAAGGAAGAAGAUCUGUUGUUAAAGAAGAAAUCGGAAGAGAUUGAGCCGUGUCUGAGUGGAAGGUGUAUUUAUCUUGUUGGAAUGAUGGGAUCCGGGAAAACAACAAUAGGCCAGAUCUUGUCUGAAGUUCUUGGUUAUUCUUUUUUUGACAGUGACAAAUUAAUCGAGCAGACGGCUGGGGGAAUUGCAGUUGCUGAUAUAUUUAAGUUACAUGGUGAGACCUUUUUCAGAGAUAAUGAGACUGAAGUAUUGCAUAAGCUGUCAGCGAUGCAUCGACUUGUAAUUUCUACGGGCGGGGGUGCUGUUAUCCGUCCUGUCAAUUGGAAGCAUAUGAACAAGGGUAUUAGUGUCUUUAUAGAUGUACCUUUGGAUGCAUUAGCACAAAGAAUAACGGCUAUAGGUACAGCUUCUCGCCCACUUUUGCAUCACGGAUCUGGCGAUGCUUACACGCAAACCUUGAAGAGACUAUCUAAGCUUUGGGAAGAUAGGAGUGAAGCUUACACCAAUGCCCAUGUGAGGGUCUCAUUAGAGGGUAUUGCGGCCAAGUUAGGAGUCAAAGAUGUAUGCUGCGUUAAUCCAACUCAAAUUGCAAUUGAGACACUCAUCCAAAUUGAGGAAUACUUGAAAAAAUAGGAGGAUUAUUUUUGGAUUGACUUACAUCUGUUGUACAACGAGCCUGCUAAAUAAGGUGGAUAAGUGCGAAUGCUCUUGAUUGUACACAAAUAAGUGGAGAAAUAGAGAGUUUACUGCAAACACUUGGGCCUGCUAUUGUUGAGUAGUUCUCUGCAUUCGAAGCUUACAGUGUUCAUUAGUUUAUAAGUUAAAAAUGUAGAGUGUAUCAUAGCAUUUGUGGGAUAACUUAUUUUCGUUAUACCCCUGUAUUUGUUUUAAUCUACAACAAUAAAGAAAGGUUUUCACAUUC